GAGCACAAGGUCCUCCUGACGGGGACGCCGCUGCAGAACACGGUGGAGGAGCUCUUCAGCCUCCUCCACUUCCUGGAGCCCUCCCAGUUCCCCUCCGAGGCCGAGUUCCUCAAGGACUUUGGAGACCUGAAGACCGAGGAGCAGGUCCAGAAGCUCCAAGCCAUCCUCAAACCCAUGAUGUUGAGGAGGUUGAAGGAGGACGUGGAGAAGAACUUGGCCCCCAAGCAGGAGACCAUCAUCGAGGUGGAGCUGACCAACAUCCAGAAGAAGUACUACAGGGCCAUCUUGGAGAAGAACUUCUCCUUCCUGUCCAAGGGGGCCGGUCACACCAACAUGCCCAACCUCCUCAACACCAUGAUGGAGCUCCGCAAGUGUUGCAACCAUCCCUACCUCAUCAACGGAGCCGAGGAGAAGAUCCUGGCCGAGUUCCGGGAGUCCUGCCACCACCACGUGCCCCCAGACUUCCACCUGCAGGCCAUGGUCCGCUCGGCCGGCAAGCUGGUCCUCAUCGACAAGCUCCUGCCCAAGCUGAAGGCCGGUGGCCACAAGGUCCUCAUCUUCUCCCAGAUG